AAGUCUCGCGUUGUUACGUCUCUGGGUUUAAAAACUGGUAGUGAGGAACGGGAAGUUCUGCGCGGGCGCACAUCAUUCUUCGGAAUAAAGGAUACGCCAGAAUUGUGCACUAGAGACGACAACUUCUGUGUCCGUUUCAAAUAUAUUACUACUGGACGACUAGAAUUAAGUCUGAGGCCGGUAACAUCAACAGUGAGGACAAACCCAGCCUGUCUCUCUCUCAUUCCACACUGAGUCCAAACCUACAGUCACUGGGUCCUGAUUGUGACAGUGGAACCAGUGGAACUGCAGGAUCCAGACAUGGCAUCAGUGAAGCUGGAAGACUGCAGUCAAACACUGGAGCUGAAUGCCAACAUUAAAGAUGACGAAGAGGAGGAGAAGAUUGGGAAAUCUGUUUCUCAUGGAGACCACGUUGAGACAUUCUCUACAUCCAGAGAGCAACAGCAGGAAGAUCACAGAGCUAACAGGUCUCCCCACUGCCCACAUUGUGAGGAGAUUUUCCCAAUUCUAUCAAAGCUAAAAAUACACCAAAAAAUACAUACAGGACAGAAUCCGUAUUCCUGUACUGACUGUGGGAAGAGAUUCACAACAUCAGGGAAUCUAACGGUUCAUCAGAGAGUGCACACUGGAGAGAAGCCUUACUCCUGCUCUGACUGUGGGGCGAGUUUCUCUCGACUGGGCCACUUAAAAACACAUGAACAUAUACAUACAGGAGUGAAGCCUUACCCCUGCUCUGACUGUGUAAAAUGCUUCACAACAUCAGCUGAGCUAAAAGUUCAUCAGAGAACACACACAGGAGAGAAGCCUUUCUUCUGCUCUGACUGUGGAAAGAGUUUCUCUCAACUUUCCCACUUAAAAACACAUGAACGUAUACAUACAGGAUUGAAGCCUUACUCCUGCUCUGACUGUGUAAAAUGCUUCACAACAUCAGCUGAGCUAAAAGUUCAUCAGAGAACACACACAGGAGAGAAGCCUUUCUUCUGCACUGACUGUGGAAAUAGUUACUCUGCACUGUGCAACUUAAAAACACAUGAACGUAUACAUACAGGAGUGAAGCCUUACUCCUGCUCUGACUGUGGAAAGAGUUUCUCUCAACUGGACAUCUUAAAAACACAUGAAAGUUUACAUACAGGAGUGAAGCCUUACCCCUGCUCUGACUGUGUAAAAUGCUUCACAACAUCAGCUGAGCUAAAAGUUCAUCAGAGAACACACACAGGAGAGAAGCCUUUCUUCUGCACUGACUGUGGAAAUAGUUACUCUGCACUGUGCAACUUAAAAACACAUGAACGUAUACAUACAGGAGUGAAGCCUUACUCCUGCUCUGACUGUGGAAAGAGUUUCUCUCGACUGGACAUCUUAAAAACACAUGAAAGUUUACAUACAGGAGUGAAGCCUUACUCCUGCUCUGACUGUGUAAAAUGCUUCACAACAACAGCUGAGCUAAAAGUUCACCAGAGAACACACACCGGAGAGAAACUUUACUCCUGCUCUGACUGUGGAAAGAGUUUCCCUCUACUGAGAACCUUAAAAACACAUGAACAUGUACAUAUGGUAGUGAAGCCAUAUUCCUGCUCUAAUUGUGGAAAGACUUUUUCUCAACUGGGACACUUAAAAACACAUGAACGUAUACAUACAGGGGAGAAGCCCUACUCCUGCUGUGACUGUGUAAAAUGCUUCAAAACAUCAGCUGAGCUAAAAGCUCUUCAGAGAACACACACAUCAGAGAAGCCUUGCUCCUGCUCUGACUGUGGGAAGAGUUUUUCUCGACUGGACCUCUUAAAAACACAUGAACGUAGACAUACAGGAGUGAAGCCUUACUCCUGCUCUGACUGUGUAAAAUGUUUCACAACAUCAGCUGAGCUAAAAGUUCAUCAGAGAACACACACAGGAGAGAAGCCAUACUCCUGCUUUGACUGUGGAAAGAUUUUCUCUCAACUGGGCCACUUAAAAACACAUGAACGUAUACAUACAGGAGUGAAGCCUUACUCCUGCUCAGACUGUAUAAAAUACUUCACAACAUCAGCUGAGCUAAAAGUUAAUCAGAGAACACACACAGGAGAGAAGCCAUACUCCUGCUCUGGCUGUGGAAAGAGGUUCUCUCGACUGGACUACUUAAAAACACAUGAACGUAUACACACAGGAGAGAAGCCUUACUCCUGCUCUGACUGUUGAAAGAGUUUCUCUGGAAUGUGUCAGUUAAAAAGACACCAAGGUAAACAGAGAGAAGCCUUAGCACUGAUCUGACUGUAGAAAAUUGUUUAAAACAACAGCUGACCUAAAAAGUCAUCAGUGAACAGACACAGGAGAGAAGCCUUAAUUCUGCUCUUAAUGUAGCAAGAGUAACUCAAGUGAAAGUCACCAAGUAAAAUACUACUUGAGUUAAAGUCUAAGUAUUUGGUUGUAAAUAGACUUAAGUAUCAAAAGUAAAAGAAUGAAUAAUUAAAAAUUCCUUAAAUGAUCCUCUCUGUCAGGGGUGGGCAUUUCUAGUCCUCGAUGGCCUGAUUGGUGUCACAGUUUUGCCCCAGCCCCAGCUAACACACCUGACUCCAAUUAUCCCAUAAUCAUGAUCUUCAGUUUAGAAUGUAAUUUGAUUCAUCUGUUGUGUUUGGUGUCACACUUUUCUCCAUCCCUAGCAAUCAGGCCCGAGGACUGGAGUUGCCCACCCCUGCACAACGGGAUGGUUGUUGCUAACGUGCGCUAAUGUGACUAGAAUGACAUUGUAUACAACAGACGACUUUCUGGGACAUAGACAUUUCUUUAUAUCGACAGAAAGCUCAAAUUCUUGUUAAUCUAACUGCAGUGUUCAAUUAACAGCUAUGAAAGUGAAAAAAUAUCAGGAGGAGGAGAGUGCACAACAACAAAAAAUAUCUAAACAUCAUUGCCAAUCAGAUGCGUCCCUUCAUGGCAGCACUGUAUGCAUCUGCAAAUAGACUUUUUCAACAGGAUUAUGCCUUGUGCCACACGGCUUGUCCAGUAAUGGUUCCAAGUACAUUACAGUGAAUUCAGCUGAAUUGUGCAUCUGUGGGAGGAGAAGGAACGAGCUAUUCAGAGUAGAUCCACUCCCAGCCAACUUGACAGAAUUGUAGGAAGCAUUGGAGUCCACAUGGACCAGCAUCCCUGUGGAACGUUCUCAACACCUUGGACAGUCUAUGUCCUGAUGCAUUGAGGCUGUUCUGAGGAUAAAGGGGGGUGCUACUCACUAUUAGGAAGGUGUUCCUGAUGUUUGUGCACUCAGUGUAUAUCAGAUAAAGAUGGUGUGAUCAGUUUUUAGCUUUAGUUUGGGUGGAUUAUUUUAUAUUACUAAACAACUUUUGUUUAAUGAUUAACAAGCUAUGAAUCGAGUACUUGUGUUUAAUAAAUUGUAUUUUAAUACUAGAUUUAUUAUUUUUGUCAUUGAUGAUGAAUGUAUUUGAAUAACUAUUGAAGUUAAUUGAUCUGGCGGCAGGUAGCCUAGCGGUUAAGAGUGUUGGGCCAGUAACUAAAGGUUGCUGGUUUGAAUCCCGAGUUGACUUGGUGAAAAAUCUGUCAAUGUGCCCUUAAGCAAGGCAAUUAACCCUUAUUUGUCCUAUAAGUUGCUCUGGAUAAGAGCAUCCGCUAACUGACAAUAAUGUAAUGUUUGUACAUGCAUGUUUUUCUCUCUUGUGUAUAAUUAAAUGAAAUAAACUGUUUGAAGUGA